UCCGCAGUCUCUGGUCAUCUCCUGUACUGUGUCCGCAGUCUUUGGUCAUCCCCUGUACUGUGUCCGCAGUCUCUGGUCCUCUCCUGUACUGUAAAUAAUAAAUAAACCAGCGCAAACAUAGACCUCUACACACCAUUAAUCAAUAAAUCAAUCUCUGGUCAUCUCCUGUACUAUGUCCGCAGUCUCUGGUCAUCUCCUGUAAUAUGUCCGCAGUCUCUGGUCAUCUCCUGUACUGUGUCCGCAGUCUCUGGUCAUCUCCUAUACUGUCCGCAGUCUCUGGUCAUCUCCUGUACUGUGUCCGCAGUCUCUGGUCAUCUCCUGUACUAUGUCCGCAGUCUCUGGUCAUCUCCUGUACUGUGUCUGCAGUCCAUUGGUUCAGAAUAUUUUCUUUCUUGUUUUCCUCCUCUAAAACUUAG